ACGUUCAGUGACGUUUGGCAAAGACAGCUGUCAUUUGGUAGUAUUGUGAUUUCUGUGGAGGAGUUCGUUUGUUGCAUAUUUUUAUAUCGAUUUCUUGAGCCAAAGAAAAAAUGUCGUACGCUUACCUUUUCAAGUACAUCAUUAUAGGAGAUACAGGUGUGGGCAAGUCGUGUCUGCUCUUGCAGUUCACUGAUAAGCGCUUCCAGCCUGUCCAUGACUUGACCAUUGGCGUCGAGUUUGGGGCCCGCAUGAUCACCAUCGAUGGCAAGCAGAUCAAGCUGCAGAUUUGGGACACUGCUGGUCAGGAGGCGUUCCGCUCAAUCACCAGGAGCUACUACAGGGGUGCUGCUGGAGCCCUGCUUGUUUAUGACAUCACAAGGAGGGAGACCUUCAGCCAUUUGACUACUUGGCUCGAGGAUGCAAGACAACAUUCCAAUUCCAAUAUGGUCAUUAUGUUGAUUGGAAACAAAAGUGACUUGGAAAGCAGACGUGAAGUGAAGAAGGAGGAGGGUGAAGCCUUUGCCAGAGAACAUGGAUUAGUAUUUAUGGAGACAUCCGCGAAGACGGCCGCCAACGUUGAGGAGGCUUUCAUCAACACAGCCAAAGAGAUCUACGAGAAAAUCCAGGAGGGAGUGUUCGAUAUCAACAAUGAGGCAAAUGGUAUUAAGAUUGGACCCCAGCAUUCUCCGACGAAUCCGUCGUUGCCCGGAGCUGGAGGCAAAGAUGGAUCUCAGGGUGGCGGAUGCUGUUAGAGCGUGCACCAUUGUCCACCUUCUACGCUUUACUUUUAAUUAUAACGAGAGCCCCACUGCAAAUGUGGUACAUAAAUUAAUUACAUAAACAAACAAAAAGAAAAUGAAAUAAACCAAAAGCACAGGAUUGAUUA